AUGUCUUCUAUCACUGUUUACGACGCUGUCAUCCCCUUAUUCAUUAAUGGGCUCAAGACCUUUGACCACAUCCUGAGCAAGGCUGAGGAAUACGCGAAAGCCAACAAUAUCGAUGCCAAUACGUACCCCGAGGCCCGUCUCGUCGAGGAUCAAUUACCACUCACCUUCCAGGUGCAAAACGCUACGAAGACUGUCAAGACGAACGUAGGCCGCCUGACAGGCGUUGAGUUGGAGCCUUUUGAGAACAAGGAGAAGACGAUCGAAGACCUGCACAAGCGCAUUGAAGAGGCGCUGGAUUUGCUUAGCAAGGUUGAUGCUGCUACUGUAAACGCCAAAGCCGACGACCAAGUUGACCUACCGAUUUUUGGUGGAAAGACACUGAAGGUUUCGGCAAAAGAAGCGGCGUUGAGCCACGGUGUUCCAAACUUCUUUUUCCAUUUGAACGCGGGAUAUGCUAUCUUGAGGUCAAAAGGUGUGCCUGUUGGCAAGGCAGACUACCUUGGCAGCUUUUUGAACCACUAA